AUGCCACCUCGUCGCCGCAGCGCAGCCGCCUGUUUGUUUUGUCGAGAGAAAAAGCCCACGUGCGGGAAUUGUUCCGCCAAGGGCCUGGCGUGCCAGAAAGGCAUCCUCCAGCCCAAACAAAGGCCAACCAACUAUCGCAUUGCGCAGCUUGAACAUGAAAACCAGGCACUCCGCGAGCAAUGUGCCUCUUUGCGAAAGGACAGUCCGCAAUCCCCGAACAUCUCCCAAGUAACCCCUUCGACGCCCCUCGACGCCACGCAUCCAGAGGGCCGCGAUAGUGACCCUACCAACAAACCCCCACUAUACCACGGCCCUACCAGUACGGCAUAUGAUGACUCCAUCGCGCUCUUGCCGCCGGAGGGUCCUGUGGCAGACGCGCAUCUCGGGGAAGAGUGCGCCCGCCAGUCUCUCUUUGCCGCCGCUGCCAGACAGCGUGAACUCGAGUUAAUGUUCGCAGGGCAGCUCGAACGACUCAAUCUGGCCGCCGGCCGAUUAGACUUUGACGGAGUGAACCCCACACUUGGGAUGCAUCUACUAUCCAUCUACUGGAGUCGACAACUGUACACGGCCCAGAUCAUCUAUCGCCCUGCAUUCAUGCGCGACAUGGCCUGUGGGGGACCCUACUUCUCCCGGUUGCUCCUUAAUGCUAUUCUGUUCGUCGUCUCCAAGCACUAUCCCCGGCCUGAACUUUGCUCCGACCCGGGCGACAUCACGACGGCCGGCUGGCGGUUUCGGCAGCGGUUCACCGAGCUUUUGCGACUGAAAUUUGAUCAGAGCGAAAUUACAACCCUACAGGCCCUGCUUAUCAUGUCAAAUGCGCUCUUCUCACGUUGCGACGAACGGAGUCGAUCAUGGCUCUACGCGGGAAAUUCCCUGAACAUGCUCAUCGACCUUGGCCUGCAUGUCCUGCCAUCCGACCUAACCCGCAUGACCGCUGAGGAGCUCGAGAUCCGAAAACGCGUCCUCUGGGGUGCCUAUCUGAUUGAUAAAAUCCAAUGCCUGUUUCAAGGGCGUCAUCCACUGCUUCGUCAGGUCGACUUCAACACCCCGCUGUGCUUCUGGGAUGAAUAUGACGAGCUGGAAGAAUUCCAAUGUAUCACCUACGCCCCAGCCGGGUCUCGUCCCGGGCUUCCCUCGCGCAACGUCACGCUCCUCACCAAACUGUGCAAGUUGGCCUUGAUAAUUGAGCGGAUUGUGGGCGAAUUGUAUUCCGUGUCGAUGCGCGACCGGGCGGGUAGCCCCAACCCCUUGGUGACCGAGAAGAUCAACGCGGACCUCGCACAAUGGCGCAGGGGUCUGCCCCUGACUGUCGACUAUCUCUCCGCUCCAAGCCCUCUUCAAACCCCCUUGCCUCAGUCAUGCUGCCUGUUGGCUCUCUACAAUGUGUUGAUCAUUCUCUCCAAUCCACCACUUGUAUCCGACAGGAAUGGCGGACUAAGUCGUUCCCGGCCGGCCCAUGAGGGCGUGGCCGCUUGCACGGGCGCCGCAAACCAAAUUGCGCAGAUCCUGCGAGACUAUUGCCAAUACUACUCCAUAGCUAGUGCUCCAUAUAUGCUAUCGUAUGCGACCUAUAUCAGCGCCACCAUCCAUGCUCACAUCGCUGCCCAGAAAGGGCCGGAUUCCAGUGCCUUCCAGUCUUUGACAUUUUGUCGACGAAUCCUGAUCGAGCAUAACCGGCUGUACGCAGCCGCUGGGAAAGCGCAAACAAACUUGGAUAAACUGCUUGAGCGGCUCCAAGUUGUGAUUGCCGACGAGGAUCUGCCUAAUGUAGCCACUAACAGCAACCCUCUCGUACCUGAGGGUGUGUUCCGGAGAGACGGCGAUACAAGGACCGCCAUGGAGGUAGUGGAUUCCAUGGAGCCAACUUUGGGACUGGCGGAGUUGCCAGGCCUGGACCUCUCGGACCUCGACCUUGAGGCAAUAGCAGAGGGGUUGUUUGUGGACGGGGAUCUACACGGCUGGAUGCAGUCGUUGUCCGGGGUCUGUCAGUAG